AUAUAAAGCAUUUUAUUUGUCAUGUCUGUCCCAUCACGAAAUUCAAAAAGAAGUUUUAUUUCUUUUUUAUAUCUUUAGUUAACACAAAUACAGCAUUACAAGGUCUUCCAGGACCAGCAAGUUAUGAACCUAAAAUAGAAGUUUCGCAUGCAAAUGCACCCAAAUGGACAAUGAGUGGAACUUAUUCAAGGGAAAUUCCUAUUAUUAAAAACCUCCCAGGACCAGGAUAAUACGAUCCUAAAUUACCUGCAUCAUUAAGAAAAACUUUAAUUUACGGCAAAUCUUAUUAAAUCGAUAAAGAAUCAAAGUAAAAGCCAGGUCCAGGAGCAUACUAAGUCGAAAUCUCUUAAUUAUCUAAAAUAGGCUUCAAAAUUGGCAGUGAAAAAAGAUAUAAAGAUGAAAAGAAAUUAUCGCCAGGGCCUGGGGAUUAUCAAGUAAAUACGAAAAAUCAUGUUACUUCAUAUAUAAUUGGACAACAAACAAGAUCAGGAAAAAUCUAUACUAAUCAUAUCGGUCCUGGUCAAUAUGAAAUUCCUACCUUAUUAAAGACUGAUGGAGGAUUUAAAAUGGUACCUCGUAGAGAGAGGACGGUUUCGAUGAUAACACCUGGUCCUGAUGCAUAUGAAUAAAUUAGGUAGGAAAGAGUAAAAUCAUUUAAAAUUGGGAUGAGUAAAAGAGAGGGAAUCUUUUAGAAGUCCAAUUCUCCUGGGCCUGGUGAUUAUGAUGUUUAGGCAAUCAAAGAAAGCGUUGGAUAUACAAUAGGUAGAGGUUAACGAUAAGAAACUAAACUUGAGGUGCUUCCAGGACCAGCAAGUUAUAAACCUCAAAAACCUAGCAACGCACCAAAAUAUUCUAUCUAUCAAAGAUAUAGAGAAAAAACAGAUAAUUCAGGUCCAGGACCUUAAUCUUAUACUAUAGGAGAUUUUAGAGAAUCCAAAAGCAUUAUAUUUGGGCAGGCAAAACGAGAUAGUUAAAAUAGGAUAUCGAUACCUGUAUUAUAAAUCAUAUUAUUCUAGGGACCAGGUGAAUAUGACACAGAUCAAAAAUCUAAAAAACCCCAAGUGAGUAUUGUAUUCGGAAGAGAGAAAAGAUCUCAUAGUUGUUCAGAAAAUACUAAAUUACCUGGACCAGGUUCAUAUGAUAUCACUUCCACUUUUUUUGUAAAAAAGAAAUGAUUGAAUAAGAUUUGAAUAAUAAUUAUUCACUUUUUAAAUGUGUA